AUGUCCUGGGGGACAGUCGUUGGAAUGAAACACUGCCCGUCGCGAUCACUUGGCAGCUCCGUUUCUCACUGCGUGAUGCGCUCCCGCGGAAUUUGCUCCAAUCCGGGUGCACGGACUCAAGGGUCUGCGAAGCGCGCCCGGCCCCGGGGCACGGCGCCCUGCGGAGGCCGCUCGGGUGCCCCUUGUGCCCUCAAGGCGGUGCGGGGCCGUGGCGGUCCCGGCCACCCUCGCCGCAACGGAGCCUUGAAGCCCGGGAGAUCGGGGGACGGUGACUGGAAGAGCAGGGCAGGCGUUCUCCGGCAGCGCCUCGUCCCCCAGCCUCGCCAACAACCCCGCGUGGCCUCAGACUUGGGACUGCUUUUUCGGUGGAGGGUGGGGAAAGCGCGAGGGGUGGAUCUCUUAGGAGCGAACGGUGCUUCAGCCUGGCUCGGAUGUGCGGUUUUCUCUCCCAGGGGAUCCUCCCGACCCAGGGAUCGAACCCCCGUCUCCUGCGUCUCCCGCCCUGGCAGGCGGAUUCUUUGCCACCGCGCCACCUGGGAAGCUCUUGAGGGAACUGCUGAGAGGUUGGACGACUCGGUGCGGCUCCCACCCGGUGGGACCUCCCGGGUGGCUCGGGAUCCCUACCCGGCCACACCCCGUGAGUGA